UAAUAUAGUCAGCCGAGAACUCCGAGUCUCUCAGACAAGCAGGUGGCUUCCACACUUUCAUGCGCACUGCGGCUGUCACCUCUCUCUGUUAGUCCAUGGCUCCCUUGAAGACCAAUUCUACUCUCUCUCGUCGCAUCGUCCGCUCCUUCUUGGAUUUCCUCAAUUCCGUUGAACCAGCUUCUGGUGUUGAUAAUGAAAGCAUUGAGGUUGCAAGGGAAUGCUUGCAUGAGGCUUUUAAGCUCAAUACAUCUGUUGCUGAUGAUGGGAUUAAACCCGCGUCGUUGGUUGAUCUUUUUAGUUCACCGGAGUUGAACAAGCUUCAGGAGAAGAAGCCUGAUCAUGUUCAUCGAUCAAACUCAGUUGAUGCUCCUGGUUCAUCAGCUGCACCGGGGGCUGAUAAUGCCAAUCUUUCGAAGGGUGAGGAUUUGACAAGCAAUCACCAUGAUCUAGGGGAGUCUAAAGACGCACUGUUUGGGCAAUUCUUUUCUGCACUCUUUGAGAGAAGCCUCUUUUUUAAGACCCUGCCUGAUGGUAGUGAUGACCCAGUGAGAUUAGAGAAAGCGACUAAAAUAUUCCAUGAGGCUUUAGCUGAGAUGGAAAGAUCUGGAUGCAUGGAAUUAAGUCCUAAAAACCUGGCAGAGACCUUGAAAUCACAAGGUAAUAGGGCCAUGCAAUCAAAGCUGUACCCCAAGGCAAUUGAGUUGUAUGAUUGUGCCAUUGCCCUUUGUGAAAGUAAUGCCAUUUACUACUGUAACAGGGCGGCUGCUUACACUCAGAUGCACAAAUAUACUGAAGCAAUCGAAGAUUGCCUUAAAUCAAUUGAAAUUGACCCAAAUUACAGCAAGGCAUAUAGUCGUCUGGGAUUAGCUUACUAUGCACAGGGGAACUACCAUGACGCUAUAGAGAAAGGAUUUAAGAAAGUGUUGCAAUUGGAUCCGAACAAUGAAGCUGUCAAAGAAAACAUUCGGGUGGCUGAUCAGAAACUGAAAGAUGAACAACGACGAGCGGAAUCUGGUCAGAGCACAAGUUCGUUUAGUAGUAGUAAUGGUUCAGAACACACCAACCAGUCUACCGAAGGGUCAAGAAACCAUGCUGCACCGCCUCCAUUCGGUUCUAUGCCCUUCAAUACAGGUGCCCUUCCCGCUGAAUUUGCCAGUAUGUUCAUGAACAUGGCUGCAAAUGCAUACCAAGGACAACAUUCUCAAGAUAGCCAAGGAAAUGAUAGCAGCACCGACGGAUCUGAUGAACCAGGAGUAAGGAUUGGGGGUAACAUCAACUUGAAUUUCGGAGAACAAAUGCCUGAGGAACUAUCCGGAGCUUUGAGAUCGGUGAUGGAAAUGUUUUCAGGAGCAGCAGCAUCCCAAGGAAAUUCACAAGAUACUACGAGUGACAGACAAAGACCGAGCUAAAGAACUGCAGCGCGUUGGAACUGUAUAAAUUCUCACAAUCCUUUUUGUAUCAUUGCUGUCCAAAAUAAACCUUGAGAAAUGACGAGACGAAACAGGAGUAUUAACACAUCCUUGGUCAUUUCAAUCGUUUAGUAAUUUGAGAAUGACUAUGUUGGUUGAGAAAUGUACAGAGGUUUGGAACAAAAUUUAUAUAUCCCCGUUGCAUGCACA